CAACGCCUGUGGAGUUCGGCUCCUCCAGGCCCCGCACGGUCUCUAUCUUUCAUGAAUUGGAUACCUAUUUUCGUAAAUUUGAUGCAUCUGCCAAUGCAUACUAUUUAAUUUCAUCCAGAGCAUGCGUAAAUCUAUGAUUUACAACCGAUACCCAGUUAAACCGUUGAAUUCAAAUGGAAUAGCUUACCAGCCUUAAAUGAUUCGAAAGUAGCGCCGAUAUUGAUGCCAGUUCAAUGAAUCUUUCAUAUUUGUUGGAUAUAGAGUUAAGCCCUUCGAAGAAUCGUUCUUAUAAAUAGUUAAAAAUAACUGCAACUUCGACUGCAAUGAAUAUUUGUAAUACGGAAUGCUGAUAUACAAUUUGUGUAUGUAUAUACGUACUAGAAAUUGUGAAAAAGAUUGUCAAGUCAGUGAAGGAAUGUGGCACUUCAAAAUGGCUGCCAGCCACUUUAGUAAUUUACGGCUGUAUCUUUCUUUGUUAUCGCUUUUAUGAUUUCGACGAAGUUUUCUCAAUUUCAAUUAUUUUCUUCGUUGUAAAGUGUUUGCUCCAACGUUCUAUAAUUAUUUCUGGUCCGGCCUAUAAACCCUAUUAUAAUGUGACUACGGAAUAUGCUCUCGAUCCUCAGCUGGCAUCACUCUCGGUUUAAAGGAAUUUAUAUCAAGAUAUUCUUGAUAAUAAAAUAUUAGCACUUCGUACUCGUCAGUGAAAUAAUAACCCCUCAACGUUUUGAAACUGUAUUCAACUAGAAAAUUAAAUAAUACAUAUAGCUACAAUGGUGUGCACAACUUGCGCUCUGUAACUUGCCACUCCUAUUGGAGAUUGAUUUUCUUUGGUGCAGCCAGUUUUGCAAAUAAUUACAACCCUCCAAAUGAAUCUUAUCGUAAGCUUUUAAAAUUUUCAAGAGUGCACAGCAUUGACAGUUGGUUCAGUGAAGUGAAUUCAAGUACCAAAUUCCACGUACAGUGAUCGGCAACAAACUGGUACACAAGAAUUUCUUACCAUUGUGCCUCUUAACAGUGCUGAAAAAUAAACCAUUGGUGUUGAAUACUGCCAUGUCAGCGAAGGAUUUCAUUAAGGAAUUACUAUACUAGCUAGCCUUAUUUGUUUGGUUUCCACAUGCCAGGGUUGGAACGAAGCUAGGUCCUGGUGGGCCUAGCAUGGGCCACUAUGAAUCCACCUGCGGUCAGCAAAUCGAGCACUCGAGGCUCCGGUUACCAUCAGAAGGCACUAGCUGAAAUCCGCAAUUCCUUGCUUCCUUUUGCUAAUAUUGGAGGCACUGGUGAGGUGGGCUCUAGUGCCGCUAGCACAAUAUCUACACUUUCAACAACAAGUGGCGUUAGUUCGGCAUCUGGUCUCAGUGGAUUAUCAGCUGCUUCGGGAUCUACAGCAGACAAGCCUGAUCAGCGGCAGGCAUUAGCCCAAUUGCUAGCUAUGGGCUAUUCGGAGGAGACAGGCUUGCGUGCACUGAAGUUAGCAGGUUGGCGGCUGGAUGCAGCUAUUGAGUUUUUAAAGCAAGCUCAGGGAGAGUCUCUUAACGGACUCGCCAAACUGAACACCAAGCUUAUCAGAAAACCAAGCUUGGAGCGUGAGCACAGCCUACAACGCGGCAGUCCUGCUUUAGACAGUGGUGCAGGAAGUUCCCGAUCAGAUAGUCCCCGGCUAACAGAGCUUAGUCCACAUCCUCAGCUGAGCAGACAAUACUCGCCAAGCAAUUUCACCGAAAGAGAACCACCCCCACCACCCCCACCAAGAUGCAGCUCCACACCCCCGCCACCCCCACCCCCACAUGCUUCUUACAACCAGUCCAACGUACCCACUAACAUGCAACAAAUGCUGAAGCGGAUGUCCCCGGCACCUGUCGUACCAUCUCGUCCACCUCCAGCUGUACCAGGAAACUCUGCCUCUAUUUCCGGAUCUGUAAAUACGCCGCAAAGAGGCACAAGCCCUGUUGCAUCUACAAACAACAGCUCAAGUGGUCGUCAGCCAAUGAUAGUUCAAAACGGACCUCAAGUACAACAGCAACUAUCACAACAAAUACAAGCUCUCAGCAUUUACCAAUCAGGGAACAGCGUGACUAGUUCUCAGGUUGAACCCCCUCCACCAUAUCCCAUAGUUUCGUCGUCCUCAGCUGGGCCUGUUCAGCCACCAUCUUACAGUGCUUCCAUACAAAAUCGUCAAAGUCCGACGCAGUCUCAGCAAGACUAUCGCAAGAGCCCAUCUUCAGGGAUAUAUUCAGGGCCUACAUCAACUGGCUCACCCAGCCCUAUCACAGUGUCAACAAUCCCACCGAGCACUCAAACUUCUAUGGCCAGACCAACCCCGCUGCAGGCUUGGGGUGCCCGGCAGGCAAAAACUCAGCCCCCUAUUAUUAUGCAGUCAGUCAAAAGUACACAAGUACAAAAACCUGUUCUGCAGACAGCCAUAGCGCCAACUUCCCCACAACCAAUUUCUACGACAAGUGGGAACACACCCCCUCCACCUCCUUCCUACGCCUCAUCUAUACAGCAAAAACAACUCCAACAGCCACCUCCAGCCUAUCCACCUGUUGUUAACAGCGUUUGUGCGACACCAGCCAGUUCUAUGAGUGUGGGGGUUCCAGUCGGUGUACCAACAACAGAACCCCCCAGCUACGCCACAACCAUGCAGGCUCUGGCAGCCCAGCGUGGGAUGCAUCAUCCUCUGCCCCCACCCCCCUAUGGUACAGUGACCGAAGAUUCAAUUGCUAUUUCAACGGUAGAAAGUGGGUCUGCUCCACGAUCGUCCCCCAUUGCUCAUCAUCCUCCGCUUCAGCGAAAGUUUUCCCUUGCCGAAAAUUGUCAACAUCCAACAGAGUCACCUCCGCUUCCACCGACUGCGUCAUCAUCGGUCUCUUCUCGCAACAACAAUAAUCAUCCUUCUCUUCCGAAUGGGAGCGGAGCCAAGAGCGGACCUUCACUGCCUUCAUACAAAAUUAAACACCAGUCUCCUAUACCAGAGCGAAAGCAUAUGAGCAAAGAAAAAGAGGAGGAGCGAAGAGAUUGUAAAGUACGCAACUAUUCUCCGCAAGCAUUUAAAUUCUUUAUGGAACAACACGUGGAGAAUGUACUAAAAUCUCACAAGCAAAGACUGUAUCGGCGUCUUCAAUUAGAAACGGAAAUGGCCAAGAUAGGUCUAAGUGCUGAAGCACAGUGUCAAAUGCGGAAGAUGUUGUCUCAAAAAGAAUCAAACUAUAUCAGACUUAAGAGAGCUAAAAUGGAUAAGUCCAUGUUUACGAAGAUCAAGCCUAUUGGUGUUGGCGCCUUUGGAGAAGUGACGCUUGUCAGAAAACUUGAUACCAAUCAGUUCUAUGCCAUGAAAACAUUGCGAAAAUCCGAUGUACUGAACCGCAAUCAAGUAGCUCAUGUGAAGGCUGAACGUGACAUAUUGGCUGAGGCUGAUAAUGAAUGGGUUGUCAAGUUGUAUUAUUCGUUCCAAGACAAGGAUAAUCUGUAUUUUGUUAUGGAUUACAUACCCGGUGGGGAUUUGAUGUCAUUAUUGAUUAAACUUGGGAUAUUCGAAGAGCCUCUGGCAAGAUUCUAUAUAGCAGAGUUAACCUGUGCUGUAGAAAGUGUACAUAAAAUGGGGUUUAUUCAUAGGGAUAUCAAACCAGAUAAUAUUUUGAUCGAUCGAGACGGCCAUAUAAAACUUACAGACUUUGGACUGUGCACAGGCUUUCGCUGGACUCACAACUCCAAGUAUUAUCAACAAAAUGGUCAUGGUAAGCAGGACUCAAUGGACCCAACAGAUGAUUGGAAUAAUGAGUGCAGGUGUAAUCAGCUAAAACCACUGGAACGGCGGCGACGAAGGGAACAUCAACGAUGCCUGGCACAUUCUCUAGUUGGUACACCAAAUUACAUUGCCCCUGAAGUGCUACAACGUACGGGAUAUACUCAGCUGUGCGAUUGGUGGAGUGUGGGUGUUAUUCUUUAUGAGAUGUUGGUAGGCCAUCCACCAUUUCUGGCAAAUAGCCCAGCAGAAACGCAACACAAGGUUAUAAAUUGGGAAACUACGCUGGAUAUACCAAAAGAAGCAAAUCUAUCAUCAGAGGGAAUGGAUUUAAUUUUAAAACUCUGCGUAGGAGCUGACCGUCGCCUAGGAAAAAAUGCAGAUGAGGUGAAAAGUCAUCCUUUCUUUUCAAACAUUGAUUUUGACAAAGGCUUACGCCGUCAAGUGGCACCUCACAUACCUCGCAUACAGUACCCGACCGAUACGAGUAACUUCGACCCUGUGGAUCCUGAAAAAUUGCGUAAUUCCGAGUCAUCUGACUCCAACAAGUCUGAUGAAAUGUUGGACAAUGGAAAACAGUUUCACGGAUUCUUCGAAUUCACAUUCAGACGAUUUUUUGAUGACGGUGGGGGACCUGCAUAUCCCAGUAGGAUUAGUUUGGAUGACAAUGACAAUCAAGGUCCUGUAUAUGUAUGACAUUAGGCUUUGUGUAAGGUGAGACUGCAACCCUUACCUCAACGCUGAUGAAUUGUCCAAAUUUUAUCGAAACAAAAUUAUAUCUGUUCACUUAUAAGUCACUCCGCAUCAUUUUGUAUGUACCUUAGCUUAUAUUUUUACCUCCGUAGUGUUAAUCGGACUGAAGAAUAAUGCGAAAGAAAAUUGCUUUUCGAAGUUGAACGCAAAUUUGACUUAUAAAUGAACUUGUGCCUCUUCUUAAAAGUCAAGUUUAGGGAAUGGUUAAGAAAACAUAGUGGUGUCUCAUGUAUGGGCAAUAUGUUACUAUAAAAUAUAUUUUGCAGAUAUUUUGCUUGCCAUUUUCUUUCAUUGGGGUCGACUUUCAUAUUGGAAAGUACAUGUUUAGUACGUUUCAGCAAGUACUGUGAUAUUGCAGAUUAUUAGUAUAAUGUGGUUUAUACAUAUACGUAUAUCUAAUUAUAUUGGUCUAAUUUAAUAUUUUCUUUUUUUUUAUCAAAUAGACAAUACCUACUGCUAAUUUAAUAUUCUCAUCGUAUAUAUUGUGGAACCGAUAUAGCGUGUUUAUUACGUAUUAUGCAGUUUUACAUUGAAACUGGAUUCGAUAUUCUUUAUUCACCUUUCAACACAUCAUGCAUCAUUACAUACAUCAUUUUCUCUAAUCCUUCCGGUAUAUGCAGUGGUGUACUCGCGAGUAAAGCAUUAUUAAAACUGAUACGACCCAAAGUUUAAUGCAAACAAUGGCAUCAUAUUCACCUGGCUUUGAUCACAUCAAUACCAGUAAUAAUGAAAAUUUUUCAAAAUAUUUAUUCAUUUUGCUGAAAUUAUUGAAUGUGGGAAUACUGUGCAGUGCUUGAACUAUGUUAUUUGCAUCAGGACAUUCCAAGUGAAGUGGAUCAGUCACCUCUCAGACAUUUCUUUAAUUUUGCAUAUGUUUGUGAGUUACACCAGGUCAUUUAUUAGUUGAAUCACCAAAUUCUUCAGAGACAGUUAACUUUUUAAACUUAUGCCUUAGAAUAAUUUUUCAAUCUGUAUUUUUCAUUUUUCUACUAUCAUUGGCAAUGAAUGUGUCAUGCAGGGUUGCAAAUUUUUUAAUGAAAAAGUAAUGGUUACAUUGAAUUAUUUCCAUUAUGAAUUGAAAAAGUAAUGCUUAAUGCAUUGCUUUUUCAUUAAAAAAUUUGCAACCUUGGUGUCAUGAUUGAAAAAUGAAUUGUAAAAUAUAAUAAAUGACUGAAGAUUGCUAUCCAUCUGAAUUAAUAUUUUUUUUAAAUAUUAAAUGAAGCACUAAAGUUUUGGUCUGAAAUGAUCAACAACGGAGUAAUUAAAUAUUCCGAAACAAUUGCACAAUUUUUAAAUGGUAAAUAUUUCUAAUAAAUUUUUUAUUACUAUAGUAAAAAUAUUUUUUGCCUCAAUAUCUAACUCUCUGCGGACUAUGGAUAUGCAUAAUUGACAAAAUAAAUCCAAAGAGGUGACUAAUGCACUUGACGUGAAUCUCCCUUUCAAUUUUUGGGAAUGUCAUGUUAACAAUUGAUCCAUAAUUAAUCAGAGAAUAGCAACGUAUGUACUAUGUACAGUAAAAGAGGAGAGAAACCGAAAUAAAAGCAAAUAAGAAAUGGCACAUAUUAAUUAUAAAUAUUGCAGACAGGAUUCUGCAUUAUUCUCUUGGAUAAAGACUUAUUCUCUUGAAACUGACCUGAAGAUUUCGUACAUCUGAUUAUUUUGAUGGUAACUAAAUAUUAUUGUCAUUGCAUCUAGAUCUGUAAAGUAAAGGUUCCGCCUGCCUUGUAUGCCCCGAAUUAACCAAAUACAAUUACCUAUAAUAACGCACCUCGAACAAUAUAAACAUUCAAGUAAACAGAUUGUUCCCGAAGCGAAGUAUACUAUUAUCGUACUAUAGAAGAGUCUCUGAUCGAAUUUUUAUUAACCUGAUGAGACAUGAAUGUGGUAUUUGACCAGUAAGAACAAUAUUGAAAAUACAUAUCAUACACCGUGUCAUGAAUAUUUUUUUUCCUUACGUAUUUUUGGUAUUCAUAUCUUCAUAUUUUCAUAAAUACUCUCCACGUCCGAAAUUUUUAACAAUAAAUUCAUUAUUCCAACGUUAAGAAACUGUCAAUUAUAACACGGAAAUGUGCCUUGAAUCAUGAAAAUAUAAUCAUGAACGGAUAUAUAACACUUUGAGGAAAUAAUUUUUGAGAGCUUGUAUGUUUGUGUAAGAUAAUUUAUAUAUUAUCCUAUGUUUGUGAUAAGAAUACUUGGAAAGUCAGUGCGGUACUAUUGCAGAGUCGCAGUGAGCGCAUAUGCGUAUAACACAUCAGACUAUUAAUUAUUAACAUUAUCUAUCUUAUACGACGAAGAUCUGUUUAUUUUACUUAUACUAUAUCAUAAGAGUGAUUUUAAUCUUCUUGUACAUUUUGUAAUAUCUUUUUCCCCCUUGUAAUUAUACUGCAACCGUAUAUGAAAAUAUAAAGUAGUUUUAUAAGUCAAUAAGUAUAAUAUGUGAAACUUGUGUACAUACUUCGGAUGAGUGUUUUAAAUUAAAAGCUAAUGUUUAAUGCUUACAAGUAUAAUGUUUCAAAUUAUACGUCCUAGAAUUGACAAUAUUCUGAAAAUUGUAAAUAAAUCAUUAUUUCUCUAAUGUCGUA